AUGGCGUCCAUCAUGGAAGGGCCGCUGAGCAAAUGGACUAAUGUGAUGAAAGGUUGGCAGUACCGCUGGUUUGUUUUGGACUAUAACGCGGGAUUGUUGUCCUACUACACGUCAAAGGACAAGAUGAUGCGUGGCUCCCGAAGAGGCUGUGUCAGGCUCAGGGGAGCGGUGAUUGGAAUAGAUGACGAAGACGACAGCACCUUCACCAUCACUGUGGACCAAAAGACAUUCCAUUUUCAAGCCAGAGACGCAGACGAGCGAGAGAAGUGGAUUCAUGCUUUAGAGGGGACGAUACUGCGCCACGCUUUCCAGCUACGGGAGGAGACGGCGUUCGUUCCCAGCGUUCAAGACUUUGACAAAAAGCUUGCCGAAGCGGAUGCGUACUUGCAGAUUCUAAUAGACCAGUUAAAGCUCUUUGAUGAAAAGAUAAAAGACUGCAAAGAUGACGAAUCGCGUAAAAAAAUCGAGAACCUAAAAGAAACAACUUGUAGUAUGGUAGAAUCGAUCAAGCACUGUAUAGUUUUACUUCAGAUUGCUAAGGAUCAAAGUAAUGAACAACACCACUCAAACGGACUGAUAAGUACCAUAAACCCAGUGGAUGGAGUUCAUCAACCCAGUCCCCUGGACGCCUCUGUAGUCAGUGCCAUUGCCAUGCCCACGCAGACCACCCUUCCCACAGAUGGGGCUCAGGUGUGUAAAGUGGAACAGAGGCCUUCUUCUUUACCCGUGGGUCCCGUUGUCACGGUGAUGGGCAGCCUUCAGACGCCUACUCCCAACAGCACAGGGAGUGGUCCCUCCGCCCCCAGCAGCAGCGUGACUUCUCCCAGUCACAUAAACGUGCCUGCACACAAUGUCCCAGAUUUUUCUUACUCCAGCAGCGAGGAUGAAUUUUACGACGCAGAUGAAUUUUACCAGAGUAACACCUCACCGAAGCACUGCAUAGAUCCCUCUAGAACCCCUGCUGUUAAUAGUGAAGGAAAUGGAGCACUAAAACGGCCCGACACCACCGAAUCCCUCAACUCCUCCAUGUCCAAUGGCACAACUGAUGCAGAUCAGUAUGACAGUCAUGAUGAGAGGGAUGAUGAUGGAGAAGGAGAGUCGGUGGAGGAACAUAAGAGCGUCAUUAUGCAUCUGCUUUCCCAAGUACGAUUGGGAAUGGAUCUCACCAAGGUGGUUUUACCUACGUUCAUCUUGGAAAGGAGAUCAUUGCUGGAGAUGUAUGCAGACUUUUUUGCACAUCCAGAUUUGUUUGUCAGCAUUGCGGAGCAGGCAGAGCCUCGAGAGCGCAUGGAGCAGGUGGUGAAGUGGUAUCUCUCAGCCUUUCACGCUGGCCGAAAAGGAUCUGUGGCCAAGAAGCCCUACAACCCCAUUUUGGGAGAGGUGUUUUAUUGCCAUUGGGACCUGCCCUCUGAAACAGAGGAGCCAGCUCCUGUGGAGCCUGUUUCAGAAGGGCCAGGGCCGGUGCCAAAUUGCAGUCAAAGCAGUGUAGCGUUUGUGGCUGAACAGGUUUCUCAUCACCCUCCAAUAUCUGCUUUCUACGCUGAGUGUAUCAGCAAGAAAAUCCAGUUCAACGCACACAUUUGGACCAAAUCGAAAUUCCUCGGAAUGUCCAUUGGUGUGCACAAUAUUGGCCAAGGCUGUGUGUCCUGUCUAGAGCAUGAUGAACACUACAUUCUCACUUUCCCUAAUGGCUACGGCAGGUCUAUCCUAACUGUUCCAUGGGUGGAAUUAGGUGGAGAGUGUACAAUUUCCUGUUCUAAAACUGGCUACAGUGCCAGUAUAGUGUUCCACACCAAACCUUUCUACGGAGGAAAGAAACACAGGAUAACUGCAGAACUUUUUGGCCCUAACGAUAAGAAAUCAUUCUGCUCCAUUGAAGGGGAAUGGAAUGGAAUGAUGUAUUCAAAAUUAGCAACAGGGGAAAAUGCUGUGUUUGUUGACACAAGGAAAAUGAGCAUUAUCAAGAAGAAGGUGCGGAAGUUGGAGGAUCAGUUAGAGUAUGAAUCCAGGAGCCUGUGGAAAGAUGUAACUUUGAACCUGAAGCUAAAGGACAUUGACGCAGCCACAGAAGCCAAGCACAGUCUGGAGGAGAAACAGCGGGCAGAGGCCAGAGAGCGGAAAGAGAAGGAGGUUCAGUGGGAAACCAGACUGUUUCAUGAGGAUGGCGAGUGCUGGGUUUAUGAUGAACCUCUCCUGAAGAGAAUGGCGUCACUACGGCACUAGUAAAGCUCCUCAGAAAUGAGUCUGGAAAAAGAACUUUUUUACAGAUAACCUUUCAUCUGAAGCCUUGGAAUGACUGAUCAAUGAACUUGUACACAGCUUUGCAUUUUGGAAAUGAAUGAUAAGAACCUUGAAAAAGAAACAAACUCUAUACAAAUAAAUAUUAAGUUAAAAAGUACUUCUUUCUUGCCAACUUCACCUCUUCCACUAUGCCACCAUCUUUCGAAGAAAGAAAAUAACACCAGGAAAUACACUGAGGUAGUAGAUGACUUCUAGAAAGCCAAACGAAAGCUCUUGUUCUGGCAUGGUGGGUCGUUCCCGCAGGCAUGUUUUUUUUCUCACUGGGGGGUCAAGGUGGCGUGAUCGAACAAAAGGAAAACAACAGCGUUCUGCAUCUCAGGGAAUCGGGUGACUGAGGAAUGAAGGAUGUUUCUUCUGAUAUUUUAAAGCCUAAGGUGGAAUCACAACCUAAAACAAAACUUGGCUUGCCUACAGCUAGCUAUAAAUAUUUAUAUAUAGAACUUAUAUAUUAUAUAAUCUCUCUUUUUUCAUCUAACUAGGGCAAUAGUACUGGUUUAAAGAAUACGGUUACAAUCAAAAUCAUUUAACCCCAAUCACAAAUUAGGUUUAUUAGCUAUCAUUUUCAGCUGUUUGUAAUGAACCAAUCAAACAAGAACAAUUUGAAUAGCUCAACACAACUGAUAUUACAAGUGGUUUCUCCAAAUUCAAGUCUUGGAUCUAUUCAACCCUGUAAAUAGAAUCCCUCAUAAGAGCAUAUAUUUGCAUAUCAUGUGUAGCCCCAAUCACACCUAAUGCAACUAAUUAGGGGGUUUAUUAGUUAUCAUAUUUGCAUCAGAUUUGCUUUAGAUAAAAAUACUUAUUAAAUUAGAUAAAAAAUACACAUUAAAUAUCUGAACUGGCUAUAGGUUUGUUGACUGUACAAAAAGAUAGCAAAGGCACUGAAUUUUACUAGACAUACAGUUGGAAGCAUAGUUCACAAGUUCAAAGUUAAAGGAAAAUUGGUUACACUCCCUGAAUGUGAAAGAAUGAGGAAGCUUUAACUGACUGCUACCAGAUUUCUGAGGAAAGGAUUCAAAACCCAUCAAGUAACUGCAAAAGACCUGCAGCAGGAUUUGGUGACUUCAGGCACUGGGGUUUCAGUUUGCACAGUGAGGCGCAUACUAAAUGCUAAAAGUCUCCAUGUCUGCAUUCCUAAACGUACAACUUUACUGACCCAAAAACAGGAGAAAUAUGCUCAACUGUGCUCAAAACCAUAUACAUAAGCCAGAGGUUUUGGGAUUCUGUUCUGUUCUAUGCUUUCUCUAGCCAUGAAGGGGUUGAAUAAUUCUGAGACUCCAGUAGUCACUAAAAGUGGCAUUUUGUGUUGAACUUGGAGAAACCACUUGUUAUAUUAGUUGUGUUGAGCUAUUUAAAUUGUUCUUGUUUGGUGUAUUGCAAAUAGCUUUCGGUUAAUAAAUUUUGCUAAUAAAACUAAUUUGCAACCGAGGUUGAAUCAUUUGCAAUUGUGUAGACUUGUCAGCCUACCAGAGACCGUUCCAUUUGUUUCCUUUUUCAGUUUUUUUUUUAAAAGAAGAAAUAUCUUAUUGUUUUCUCCCAUUAAAAGCUUUUUACAUCACAUUACGUGCCUGUACCGUAGGACCAGUAAAGAAAACAAAAAUUAAAAUGAGGAACUGAUUACAUUUUAAGGACGUUGACUUGAUCUGUUGUUAAUGUUAGUCCAUUUCAAUUCAUAUUUUUGUUUUCUUAAAGAGGUUAAAAAAAAAGAGCUAGUUUUGACUGCGAAUAAGAAUGCAUAAUAGUACAAAGUAUGUCAAGUAUUAAGACAGUGAUCUAAAAUUUCCCUAAUAAAUCCCAAACAUUUUUCAGUUUUUGUUUAUUCUACUUACCUUCUGUCCAUGUAUAUUUCAGAAAAAUGAAAUUAUCAAACACCUGAAUAAGACUACAAGGUGUAAUUUAAGAUUUAAAGUAAAGCUAUGCAGCAGGAUAUCUGUUAUUAUCCUCAUUUGGACUGAGUAUGAGUUGCAGUUUGCACUGUCUGUGAUUUCAUGGGUGUUAACAAGGAUUCAGCAUCUUCAAGCAUUAUAAAUCAAAGUGGACUUUUCUUAUUUAUCAAAACUGGCAUUGAAUUAUACAACAAUUUUCUUUAUAUUAUGUUUGUAAAACUGAAGUUGAGGCCUUGCCAUAUACAUACAUUUCACAGUUAUAAAGUGUGGCUUUGCAAAAGCAAUUCAAACUAUUUUUUCCUCUUCCCACUUGACAUAACCAUUGAUUGUAUCAGAUUUUCAUGUUUAUCAAUGCAUAUAAUUAAAUCUCAGUGAGACCAA